AUGAUUUAUUGUCGAAUAUCUUCUGGCGCGAUUUCAAACAAAUUACGUAACUUUCUUUCUUUCUCUCUCUCUUUCUUUCUUUCUUUUCUUUCUUUCUUUCUUUCACACAUUUUUUUCAUUUCUUCCUUUGAGAUCUAUCUAUCUAUCUAUCUAUCUAUCUAUCUAUCUAUCUAUCUAUCUAUCUAUCUAUCUAUCUAUGUUCUUAUUCAUAUUGAUAAACACGCUCAAACAUAUUUAUUUAUAAGUCUCUAUAAUGCAUUGCUGGAAUUCGAAAUCGGAUCGUCGAUUUCAUCCGAAAUCUGUUAUGCAUCCCUUUUUCUUUCUUUCUUUCUUUCUUUCUUUCUUUCUUUCUUUCUUUCUUUCUUUGAAGAUGAGAUAUAUACUUUUUUCUCUACUAUCUGUAACGUUCAUACAAUACGUUUAAUAACAAUGUCUGUUCAUAUCUAUCUCAAUAUGAGCAUAAUUUUUACUAUGGAAAAACUAUCUAUUAAUCCGUGCUUGUUCAGAUCUAGCUAUUUAUUUAUCUAUCUAUCUAUCUAUCUAUCUAUCUAUCUAUCUAUCUAUCUAUCUAUCUAUCUAUCUAUCUAUCUAUCUCAUUUUGUUCGUAUAAUUUUCUUUUUCCCCCUCUAUAUUUUUCGUCUGACGGUAUCUAUCUAUCUAUCUAUCUAUCUAUCUAUCUAUCUAUCUAUCUAUCUAUCUAUCUAUCUAGCAAACUAA